UGAAGGCGCACCACCGCGACGACGCGGCCAGCGAGCUGAAGAAGCGCCACGAGCCGCGCCAGCUCGGCACCGGCCUGCUCGGCGGCGUCGUCUCGCUGCUUGGUGGGUCUGUCGAGGCCGUCGUCGAUAACCUCCUCGGCCUCAUCCCGACGGAUAAGGCUGUCGAUGGCCUGACGCGCUUCCCGGAAGGUAUGGCGUUCGUGUCUGUUCUGUGCAAAUGCCUGAGUGCCGUGGCUGACUGUUGUGCGCGCGUCAGACGACUACCCCUUCCAGGCGCCUGGCGAUACCGACCAGCGCGGCCCUUGCCCCGGCUUGAACACGCUCGCUAACCACGGCUGUACGUGACGCACAUCCCUUCUCUUCUUUUGACUUUAGCAGACAUUCCCCGCACGGGCAUCGCUACCGUCGGCCAGAUCAACGCCGCCACCGCGCGCGUCUUCAACAUGGGCGACGACCUGUCGUCGCUGCUAGCGAUCGGCGGCGCCCUCGACGGCGGCGACGUCCUCUCCCAGAAGAUGAGCAUUGGCGGGCCCGACGACCGCGUCGGCGUCCUCAACGGCGCGCUCAACAGCCUCCUGGGCACGCCGUCGGGCAUCUCCGGCCACGGCAAGUUCAACGAGGGCGACGCCUCGGCCACCCGCGACGACUUCUACCUCGCCGGCGACAACAUCUCCUUCAAGCCCGAGCUCUUCAAGCAGCUGCACCAGCAGGCCCUCGCCAAGGGCAACGGCACCUACUCCGUCGACGCCAUCAAGGAGCACUUCAAGAACCGCUACGCCGCCAGCAAGGCCGCUAACAAGCAGUUCUACUUUAACGUGCCCAGCGCCGCCGUCGUCAUGGGCGCCUACUACUUCAUCCCGGGCUUCUUCUCCAACGGCACCAUUGGCGCCGGCGGCGUCGCCAACGAGGCCUCCAUCACGUCCUUUUACGGCGCAAAGCCCGCGCGCGACAACGCGUGGAACGACAUCGACCUCGACUACACGCACGUGCCCGAGCGCAUCCCGGAGGCCGGCUGGUAUCGCCGCAGCACGCCCAUGACGGUGCUCGAGGCCGUCGGCGGCAUCCUCGACGUCUACCUGUACGCGCUCCCCGCGCUGGGCGGCUCCGGCGCCGACGACAGCUGGGUCGUCGGCCCGCUCGACCUGCCCACCUCGGCCCAGGGCCUCUCCUGCUUCCUCUACAACGCCAUCUACGCCAACUUCCCCGCCGAGCUGUACAACACGGUCAGCCUGCUCGAGAAGAUCGUCAACACCCUCUCCAGCACCAUCGUGCCGGGCUACAAGGCGCUUGGCUGCGAGGUCAACUUCCCUGACGCCGAGGGCUCCAAGGCCGCAAAGUGGGAGGACUACGUGACCAAGUAUGUUGGGCCGGCCAAGCUGAACGCCACCGGUAGCGGGUGGUACCAGAAGUCGUAGGGGCGGAGAUGUGUGGCUAAUGAAUCUGAGAUGGGGAGCGUUGUUAAUAAUCACAAUAAUGACUUGUAGCGAUGGAUAUUUCAAAUAAUGAACAAACAAGGACGUGUUAAUUCAAACUGCAGAUGGAACGAAGCAUCGUGAACUGGCGAGCUACGCGGACGUGAUUGAUCAAAGCAUCGGAUUGCUUGUCACAUGUUUGUGUGUCGCAGUCGUGUCCCGCAGCCAAUUGUUUGUUGUUGUUCUUUGUCCCAUCUGCUUGUGACGCGUUUCGACUAAUGCGACAAGACGAG